AUGGUCACAGCAGGGCAACUCAGGUUUGCUCACUUCAGACAACGAAAAGCCAAAAGUGACCUCUCGCAGUCGCAGAAAAAGACGGCGAAGAGGAAGGGCUCGUCUGUCCACACGCAUGACCUUCCGCAGGAAGAGCACGCACCAGCGGCCCAAGAUGUUGGUCAAGGUGUAGAGAGUAAGGCUGAAGAUGCCACCCUACUGGAGACAGCAACGGAGAUGGAGAAAGUUAGAAUACAUUCUGCUGCAGAAUGCAGUGAGCUUGAUGCCAAGAUGUGUCAGGCAAGGGUAGCUGAGUUAGAGAACAGACUUCUGGAGAAAGAGGAAGCACUCAGAAGACUCACUGCACAGAUGGAGCAGCUACAGCAGCAACUUACACAGCACAGUGACUCUAUGAAACUUAAGGAAGCUACUGUUCAAGAGCAGAAUGAAGUCAUCAGGAAACUAACAAGCUGCCUUCAAGAGGCGAAGAAGGAUUGGGAUGACCUCCAGGAGGAGGCUGUGUGUGCAGCUGGUCAGAUCCAGGAUUUACAGCUUCAGUUACAUCAGGUUAAUGAGAUGCUGAGGAAUAAAAACUCUGAGAAAAAUGAAGUAUUAGAAGCUCAGCAGCAGAUGUCCUUGUUUCAAAACCGUCUGGAAGAGCAAAAUACACAUUUGGAGAUGCUGCGUCAGAAAGCUCAUGACCUGGAACUGCAGCUUGAGACUUCUCAAAAGAAUGCCAAAGAUAAAGAAAAUCUUCUUUUGCAAAUGGAAGAGGAUAUGAAAGAUACAAUGCAACAGCUGUGCAAAAGCAUGGGAGAAAAAGAACAACAUAUUAAAAGUCUUCAGGAUCUACUGACAUCGGAAAGAUUAAGCUUGUCUGUCCUACAAGACACCCUUUCUCUCCGGGACUCAGAAAUCACUGAAUUGAAGAAUGAAAUAGCUGGAUCCAAAAUGAAAGAACAGCAACAUAUUGAAGAACUGAAAACCAGUCAUGAAAAGGAUACUUGCAGACGGUUGGAGAACCUGAGGGCUGAGCUGGAGAAGUGCCACAGAAGAGAGGUUGCAGAAGCCAGGCAGGCAUAUGAAGAAGAAAUUAUUUUAAAAUAUAAGAAUGGACUUGAACAGUUAAAAAAAGAGCUCAGUGCUCUGAAUUCUGAAGAGCACAUUCAGAAGUUGAAUGGCAUAAUAAUUGAUUUAAAUAAUAGUCUUAGUCAAUCUGAAAUCGAUAAAGAAAAUUUAAGAAGGAAACUUGAAAACCAGCAGGAAGACUUCCAGAGAGCAAAAUCUGAAAUUGAGACUAAAUAUGGGGAUUUAAUUGAUGGUCUCAAGUCUCAACUCUCUGAUGCAAAAGAGCAAGUCAAGGAAGCCCAGCGAUAUAAACAAGAAAAACGGUCCUUGAAGGAGGAGAUUCAGAAACUGAACUCUUUCAUUCAGAAAUUAAAAGAGAAACGAUUUUACGAGGCUGAAAAGAGUAUAGAUGCAAGGCAAAAGCAUGAUGAGAAGAUUGCCUCCAAUAAAAAGCUAAUGAAAUUAAAAGAAAACCAGAUUUUACCAGCAGUGUCGCAGUUGCAGAGCACAGAGCUUGAGAUCAAGUGGAAUAAAGAGCAGCAAUUGAAAGGUGAAGUUGAGCUGGUUCAUGAAGAACUAGAGUUCCAGCAUGACCUGGGAGCAGACUUCUCCAGGGAUCCAUUAGAAGAAAUUAGAAAUUCAAAGAUGGCAGAGAAUAAUGAGGGUAGUGAAGGAGAGAACCUGUCUGACGAGCACUUGUCAGAACUAGAGCGGCUCAGUGGUGCUGAAGGCUUAUUGGCUAAGUAUCUCAUCUCCACGGAGGGACCAGAAGAGUCAUGUGUGUCCAGCACUUCUGAAGGUGAUACUAUUGAAGAAGGUAGAUGCAGUAGGUAUGGGUUAGACAGUAGUUUGCUUCAAGAACCUAACAGAGAUUUUAUACCUCCUCCAUUAAACUUUGGCCUUGAUGAGGAAAUGUGUCCUAGCAGUUUGGCUCAAGAGGCUUUUGAAGAGACUGAGGUGGGAGCAGAGGCCUUUGUUUCAUUUUUGUCAGAUACCUCCCUGCAGCAAAACAAAAUAAGUGAUCACAGUGACAUAAAGGAUGAUGAGACAGCUUGUUUAUUAGAGAGAUGUGUGCAGCUAACUGAGCAGCUCCAUGAGAAGGAAUCAGCCUUGAAGAAAUCUUAUCACCAGACCCAAGAAGCUGUUGGAAAAUGGGAAAAAGUAAUGGCUGAGCUGUCUUCUCUGCAUGUAGAACUGGAUGAGGAGCGCAAGGCACGGAUCCAUUGUGAAAAAGAACUUCUUCAAAAAACAGAGAAGGAGAAAAAACUUGAAAACAAAAUAUUGUUUCUAGUGAAGCAGCAGGGUGGGGAUAGAGGCCAGCCUUAUGGUGCUGUAGAGCCUUUAACUCAAGUGUCAAAAUCCUCUACUUGGCAAGAAAUGGUGAAGGACCUCCAGGAUGAAAAAGAAAUGUUGAUGGUGCGGCUGCGAACUCAGGAGCAAUUAGUGAAAGAGGUUCAAGAGCAGAAAACAGCUUCUGAUUCCGUGACAAGUGAAGUACAGUCCCUCUUUGGCCGUCAGUUGGCUGCUUUGCAAAGUCAGAGGGAUCAAAUGCAAAGCCAGCUUGAUGCUCAGAGGGAUAAAAACCAGACAAUAGCAGAGCUGCUUGGUCAGAAAACUGUAUCUGAAGAGACAUUGCUAAAAGAACAGGAGUUGCUCAAAGCUGAAAUCAAUAAUAAAGAAGAAAAUCUAGCACUGUUACUGAAGGAAAAAGCAGCCUUAGGAGAGAGAUUAUCUGUCGUGGAGGGGAAUCUGGUAAAAGCAGAGAAAGCACUAGCAGAGAACGCUGGCAUCAUUGGGGAUCUUGAGAAGCACAUACAUGAACUUAGUGCUGAAGUGAAAAACCUCAAAGAAAUACAAGAGUGUGAAAGACUAGGAUAUGAAGACAGAUUAAACUUCAGCAAGCUGGAAAUUCAGAAACUUGAUGCUGAAAUAAAAGCAAAAAGUACUGAAUACAGUGAGAAAAAAAGCCAGUUGGCAGAAGAAAUUGCCCACUUGAAGCAAGUCUGUUGGGAGCUGGAGACUCGCUUGCAGGAGUCCCUUCGGUCUGCACAAGCUGUGCAGGAGGUGGUGGAACAUUACAAGGAGGAAAUGGAUAAAAUGGAGACUCAGCACCUGGCCCAGUUAACUAAAGUGAGUUGGACACAUAGGAAAAGGAUAGAAGAGUUAAAUGCUGAAAUAAAAGAUAAAGUGGAAAACCAGCAGAAGUUGGAAGAAGAAAGAAAGGAACAGAUUGCUUUCAUAAAAAAGGUGCACGAACGAGAGCAUGAUCGUGAAAUCUCUGAACUGGUGACUAGACACCAAGAGGAAAUGGAGAAGGUCUGUGCUGAGCUAAAAAAAGAACAGCAGCACCUGUUGGAUGAACUUCGGAAGCAAAUGGCAGCCGCACACAGAGUGGAGCUGGAGCAAGCACAGCUCCAGUCACAGACACUGCACAGCCUUGAACUGGAAGCCUUACGUCUAAGCUUAAACAACAUGCACACCUCCCAGCUGGAGCUUACCCAGUCAAACCUGAGGAAAGAAAAGGAAACUGCCCUGGUGGAGCUGCGGGAGAUGCUGAACGACAAGCGUGCUCAGGAGGUGGCCAUUCUGCAAAGCCGCCAUCAGCUGGAGGCAGAGAAGAUGAAAGAGCAGAGUCUGAAGGAAAAAGAAGACCUGAAGUCAAAACACCAACAAGAACUAGUUGAUCAGAGAAAGAAAAUAGAAUUGGAAAUGGAAGAGACACAUAUCCAGGCAUUAGAGAGCCUUAAAAGAGACUGGCAAUUGGAGUCUGAGAUGCGUUUGGCAAGCACACUUGAAGAGCUGUCUGAAAAACACCAGACUGAAAUGGUGGAACUGCAGAAAACUCUGGAAAUGGAAUUGGAAAAAGUCAAAACAGAGCUGGAGCUUCGUUCUCUUGAGAAUGAACAGUCUAAAACAAAAUGUGUAGAACUGGAGAAGCAACACCAAUUGGCCAUUACACAAUUACAAGAACAGCUGCAGACUGAACAUAACCAGCACCUAGAAGAUGUUAAGAAGAGCCAAGGAAAAGAACAGACUCUUCAGAAGGAGCUGGAGGAGCUUCAGGUCAGGCAUGAAGAGCUCAAGACUCAGUCACAAGAAGAAAUCCGGCAGCUUUGGUCUCAGCUCGACAGUACCCGCGCAAACCGGCAGGAGCUCAGUGAUGGGGAGACCAGAAUGCAAGCCCAUGAUCCAGAGCUAAAAGAGCAGCUCCUGGCUCGUGCAUCACGGGUGGAAGAGAUAGAGCACUUAAAACAGGAAUUUGAGCAGCAACGACAGCAAAGAAGAAGUGAGCAUGAAGCUGAACUGGAGCAACUGAGACUUUAUUUUGAAACACAGUUAAGAGUUGCUGAAGAAAACUACAGAGAAGAAUUGACUUUGCUGCAUCAGAGACUGCAAGAACUUAAGGAAUAUCCACUGUCAGAGUUGGAAGUGAGUCAAGAUCCAGCUGGGGACAACAGUUCUUCUGUCCCAGUUUUUGAAGAGGCUGCUGAGAGAGAGAGAAGGGAUGCACUUGGUCAGCUAAAUCAACAGCUGGAACAACAUCAGGAAGAACUUGCCUGUUUGCAGGCAGAACUUAAAGAGCAACACAGGCGUGAAUUAGAUUCCUUAAGGUCUUCCCUUGCACUGCAAUAUAAAGAGGACAUAAUGAAAAUGAGGAUGGAUCUGUCAGACAAAUAUGUAACAGAAAUUGAGGAAAUGAAAAGAAAGCAUUGCUUAGAACUUGAGCAGCUCCGUGCCCAACUUUCAGAAGCACAUAUUAAAGAAAUCACCAAGCUGCGCCUACAAUGUGCUCAAGAUGCCGCACGUCAGGUUGAAAUGGAGGUGGCUACACGAGUGUCUGAGCUGGAGGAAGAGCACAGAGCUAAGCUCUCCCUCCUCCACUCUGAGAAACAACGUAUUGCAGGGCUUCUAGAAGAGAUAAAGCAUUUAAAGGAAGAUAUAACGAAACAAAAAGAUCUUUCUGUGCAGAAUGAAAAGCACCUGAAAGAGGAAAUGGAGAAGGUAAAACAUAAAAUGGCUGAGGAUCAUAAGAAUGAACUAAAAGAAGCCAGAGAAGAAGUUCAGAAAAUAGAGAUGAUGUAUAAAGAAAAGGAGAAGGAAUGGAAAUGUGAGAGGGAGGACCAGAGGAUCCAGGCAGAAGAGGCGUUAUCGCUGCUGCGCACGGAGCUGCAGAGCAGAGCGGAGCAUGAGAAGCAGAGUUUGCAAGAGGCGUUUGAACUCCGUGAAGCUGAAAUGAAUCAGCUUCGAGAUCAUCAAGCUGCCAGAAUCCUAGAGUUGGAGAAGCUGGUCAAAGAGCAGCAGAACAGCUUGCAGCAACUAGAGGACAGCCUCGCAACUGCACAGGCUGUGCAGAGAUCUCAGGAGCAGUAUGACAGUGACCUGCAGGCAGCCAAAGCGCUCAUGGCAAAAGAAAUGGAGAAGGCCACACUUGGUCUGCAGGAGGAAUGUGCACUGAAACUUAUGGAAGCACAAAACAAAUUUAUGGAGGAACAGAAAGCUAUGACUCAGAAAUUCACAACUGAGCAAGAGAUUCUUCUCCAAGAGCUGAAAAAGAAACAUGUGGAUGAACUGGAGCUCCAAAGUCAGCAGUUACAGGAGAAGCAUAAGCAGCAGAUUUUGUCUCUUACAUCUGAGUUGCAAGCAAAGCACCAAGCUGAAAUUGAGACACUUAAAUCUACACUAGAAAGUAAACAGCAGAUUCAGCUUCAAGCUUGUGUUGCUGAACUACAGACAAAGCAUCAGACAGAAAUUGGUGAGCUGGAGGUGAAACACUUAGCAAAUCUGGAUUCGUUGGAGUCAUCCUACCUGUCUGAAAUUCAGAAUAUAAGGGAUGAACACAAUCAGGCGCUCGAGAAGCUGCAGCUGCAGCAUGCAGAACAGCUCCAGGAGAAGGAUAAAAUGCAUCAAGCACACGUGGUUCAGGAGAUAGAGAUGUUGAAGUUAAAGCAUGCUGAAGAACUUCAGCUUGCCCAAAAUAAUUUGAAAAUUGAGCUAGCUACUCUUCACAUGGAAAAGCUUCAAGCCAUGGCUGUGGAAGCAGAAGAAGCUCAUAAGGAUGAUUUGAACACAGCUCUUCAAAAUCAAAGGAAAUUGCUGGAAGAAGAAAAGCGUCUGGCCCUGGAUAUAUUACGUGAGGAAGUGGUGUGUAUGGAGGAAAAGCAUAGGAAAGCACUCCAAGAGCUUCAAGAUCUUCAUGAGGCAGAAAUUAAGAAGCAGAAGGAAGAAUACUCCAGGGAGCUGGAAAAAGAAUUGGGGAAGCUAAAAGCCCAGCAUGAACAUGAGCAAGAGAUGUAUGUUUCUGCAUCAGCCUCUGAAGUAGAAACUGUGCGCAAAACUCUUCUGGCUCAAUUUGAGGAGGUCAAACUGAAGCAGCAGCUUCAGUUCCAGGAGGAGAUUGAGCUGCUAAAGUGUCAGUCGGAGGUACUGCUUGAGCAGCAGAUUGCACAGCUGAAGGAAGAAUUUGAAGCUGAAAAGAAGGCAUCACUACAUGAUAAGGAGCAGAUGCUGAUUCAGGAGAGGGAGAAGGCACAGGCUGCUCACCAGAAGGAGCAGGAGAUGUUAUUAGCCCAGCUACAGGAAAAAGCAGCAGUAAUUAUCCAGCUGGAAAAGAAAGUGGAGUCUUUAAACCGUGAAACAGAGGAGACCAACUCUGAACUGGAGACGCUCCUUCAGCGGCGGGACAGGGAAAACCAAGAAGGAGGGAAUUUGGUAGCCAUGUUGAGAUCUGAUAUUGAGCAGUCCAAGGAGGAAAGGAAAAAUCUGCAGGAGUCUUAUCAGCAUGUUUUGAAAUUGCUUGUUGAGUUGGUGAAGGCCACAAUAGCUGUUGAGGACCUUAUCUGCAGCAAGGUUGGUCUUUGCCUUGAUGACAGUGUGGCUUCUGGAGAUUCCAGAGGUCACAGUAUCAUGGAAGAAAUGGGAUUCAUGCAGUGUUUCAAAGCCAAAGAAAAGCAUCAUCUGGAAAAAGUGUAUGAGCUGCUCGAUGUCACACUCUCAGAACACAACCCGCUGUCUCCAGUGGCUGACGAGGGAUCAGAAUUGAGCCAAUACUUUUGUGAAAGUGGUUUUGCCAAGCCAGAAUUGGCAUGUGAAAAUGAAGAAAUGAUACAGAGACUUUGUCAUCGUUUGCGCACUGCAGUGGACAGACUUCUGGAACUGGUUACAGAAUCCACUAAACAACUGGAGAAAAUGCAUGAAAACCACACACAGUUUGAAGAAGAGUUCAGCCGCCGCAACCGGGAAACCGCCCAAGUGGUCAGUCAGCACCAGGAGCUCAUGGAGUGCCUCAGUGAGCAGAGUGAGGCCAAGAACCAGCUGGCUCUGGAGCUUCACAAAGCAGAGGGCAUUAUUGAAGGCUAUGUUGCAGAAAAAGCUGCAUUGGAAGAGGCCUUGAAUCUAAAAGAGGAAUCUGAACGUCGCCUUGUUGUGGAGCUGGAGAGUAUGCGUGAGCGCUUCCAGGAGCUAACCCAGGAGCAGGCAAUUCUUGGUCUACUCAAGGAAGUAGAGUUUUUGGCCAAGGAGAAACUAGAGCUUCAGUGUCAGGCAGAAAAGGACCACUCCAACUUACGCUCUCAAAUGAAGAUUUUGGAGGUGGAACUGGAGGAACAGCUGCAUAGUAACCAGGACCUGGCUACACAGUUACUGGAGGUUGCUGAAUUAAAACAGCAAAUUCAAGUUCUUGAGAAACAGCUUAAAAACCAGCGGCAGUUCAUGGAUGAACAAGCUAUAGAAAGGGAACAUGAACGUGAUGAUUUCCAGCAAGAAAUUCAGAAACUGGAAGAACAGUUAAAGCUUUCAGGAAAAUCACAGACUUCAGGAGAGCCCAGAGAACACAGGAACUAUGAAUUGAUUCUACAGGUAGAAUCUUUGCAAGCAGAAAUAAAGGACAAGAUGGAUGAUUACAAUAAGCUGUUGUUAGAAAAGGAGCAAAAGCAGCAAGAACUAGUAGCUCGUGAUAAAGAGAUGGAGAAGCUGGUGGCACAGCUGCAGGAGCUGGAGCAGAGCGGCGCUGAAGCCUCCAAGGCCCUUCGCUACCUGGAGCAGCAAGUGCAGAAAAUGAAGAAAGUGGAAACUGAGCUAAAACAGGAUAAAGAGGCAUUGCAACAGCAACAGUACAAUAACCUGCUUCAGAUCUCUGCCCUACAGUCCAAGCUGGAUGAAGCAAGGCACCGAGUACCAGCAGAUGGCAGUUCUGCCCCAGGGCUGGUGGAACAGCUACAAGCAGGGCAGGAAGCACUUCAGACCAAAGAGAGAGAGAUUGCAAGCUUGUUAGACCAACUAGAACAAUAUAAAAAUGAUGUGAUCAGUAAAAGUGAGGAGAUACUGCAGCUGAACUUGCAGUUAGAGAUGCAAAAAAACCUUAGCACAUCCACGAUCAGCCAGCUUCAGUUAGAGAAUGCACACUUGAAGGAUCUAACAAAACUUCAUGAGAAGCAAAAUCAGGACAUGGAUGUUCAUGAUUCCUCAGCUUUGUCAUUCCCACAAGCUCUACUUCAAGAAAAGAAUCAAGAAAUAGAUCACUUGAAUGAGCAGGUGAAGAGGCUCCAGCACGAGCUAGAGAAUACUCUGGAGAAUAAAUUUCUGGAAGACCGAAAAUCUGAAAUUGAAGAACUCACAUCACUUGUUGAGCACCUUCGCGGUGACCAGGAAAGGCUGCGUAAGGACAAAGAUGAAGAGGUAGAGCAACUCCAUGGAGUAAUUGAGAAGCUUCAAAAGGAGCUAGCACAGUUUGGACCAGUAUGUCAUGAAGUUAGUGACAACCAAGAUGAUCUCUAUCAAUUUACUUUGGGAAAGCCCAUGGAAAACCUUCAGAAUGAGUUGAGGAAGGGACCAGUAGAUUGUCAGAGUGACACUGAUCUAAACAGAAGAAAUGCAUUUCUUCUCUCCAAAGUUAGAGAAUGUCAGGAGGAACUGGAGCUUGUCUCAACUGCUAAAGCAGCUCUGCAGCAGCAACUGGAAGAGAAGGAAUCACAGUUCAGAGUGGAAGUGGAAGUUUUGGAUAAAAAAUGCCAAAAAUUGCAGGAGUCAUCGGAGCAGCACGUUGCAGAGCUAACCUCUCUGAGAAGACAGUACAAGGCACUUCAGGAAGAGCACAACCUUUUCCAAAAACGUUUUUCUCAGAGAGAUGUUGAAGCAAGGAUGAUGACUUCUCGCAUUCAAGAACUCGAAGAUACUGUGAGAGAAAGGGAAGCCAGUAUUUUAGAGAAGGAGAUGAGAAUGAAGACAAUCGUGGAUCAAAAGGAAGCCGACACAACCGAGUUGCAGUACUUAACAAAAAGGGCAGCAGAGCUUCAAGCAGAGAUAGAAAAAAGAGACACAAGUCAGGCUCAAGAUGUUUAUAGUCUUCAGUUAGAAGUUUCUAGACUUGAUGUCCAGCUGCAAGCACUGAAUCAGAAAGAAGUAGCUUAUCAGAGAGAAAUCAAUGAACUGCAAGGUAGCACAGCAAAACUGAAAGAUCAAAUUGAGGCAUAUGAGAAAGAGCUUGAAGCCUUACGACAGGAAAGAAGUGAACUUAUUUCACAGCUGGAGUCAUACAAGCCCAAGGAACAAAGUGGUCAUGGAGAGACUAACCUUCUCAAGAUGUGUUACCAGAGAGACAGAAAUGGUGAAGCCUUUGAAAAAGGAAUGGAGGAACUGGAGGCAAAUGUUAAUCAGUCAAUUGCAGUAGUGGCUUCCCCUGCUGAUAAAAUGGAAAAAGAUGAAGUUAUGGUUGAGUUGGCAACUCACAAUAUAAAUAAAAAAACUCAGACUAAGCAAUCACAAGAAAAUAUCUUGAUUAAGGAAUCAGAUGUGAUCAGCAGCUCUGAAGAGGAGCAAGAUUUGAAAAAGCUUUGUCAGCAAAUGUUGGAAAUCCAUCAAACUCCUGAUUCUCCACAACACAAUUUGGACAUAGGCAAAGACACUUCAAAAGACUUCCAGAAUUUCAUUGCAAGUGUGUCUUCGUGGGGCUCUCCUGAGAUUGUGAGAAAGCAGGACGUAAGCACGGAGCUUCAAGCAGUGCUUCAUCUGACUCCCUUCUCGGAAGGUGGAAGCUCAGAUUUUGAAAUGAUGACCAAUAAUUCUGUGUUGCUGGGAUAUUCUGACCUUUAUGAAAAUGGCAGUGAGGAAGCAGCAGUGGGAAUAGACAGAAAAAGUCCAGCUCUCUCUGAAAGUACCUACUCUGAUGACCAAAAUGUGGAGAAGAUUUUGAUGAGGGAAGCUGAUCAUCUAACUUUAACCCCUCCUGGUUUACAACAUGGUGUAAGAUCAAGAGCAUCUGCCAUAGGUGCGAUGGAUGAUGGAUGUGGCAGCUAUACCACCUCAAAUGUGGCAGCUAAACUCAAGCAGGAGCUACAAACAUCAGAGCACCUUGAUGCUGGUUUUGUGGCUUAUCUGCAGCAUCGUGGAAUGUUUCCAGAUAUCAAGGAGUCGGUGAGACAGAUGGAAAUACUUUCACCACAGAUGAAGACUGUUCUGAAGAUGGUCUAUGAGGAGAGCCGCAAAAUACUGGCUUUGUCAGAGCAUCCCUUUGGUUUUAGGGAGCUGCAAAAUGUGCCUCAGAGCAGAGCAGCAGUGGAGGGGUGGCAGAAGGAGGGCCUAGCCCUGCUGGAUGCCAUUCAGUCACUGAAGGAUUUCCUUAGCAAGGUGGCAGACAGAGGAGACAAGGAGGAACAGAGGCAGAUGGUUGUGGAGCACCUCUUCUCCUCAGACCGGAACAGCUUGCUGUCUGAAAUCCAGGACCUGCGAGCUCAGCUGCGCAUGACGCACCUGCAGAACCAGGAGAAGCUGCAGCAAUUGCAGGAGACCCUCACCAAUGCAGAAGAUCAUGGCAGCAAACAGGAACACCAGCUUCGGAGGAAAGUUGAAUUGCUAGAAUAUAAACUUCACCAGGAAAAAUCUAUUGCAAGUGACUUGCACAGCACCCUGUCUGAGGAGCAGAAAAAAGCCUCUGAAACACAAGAUCUCUUGAACCAGGAAAAAGCAGCCCUGAAAUCAGAGCUUUAUGGAAGUAAGCAAGAGAACACAAGGCUGCAGAAAUCCCUUGAAGACCUUCAGAGGGAAAUAAACCAGUUACGGUUUGAAUUGGAAAAAAAAGAAAAGGAUUUGGCAGCUGCACUUGAAGACUUAGGGGCGGAACGGCUGAAGGAAACGGAGCUACAGGGUCUGUUGGAGGAGCAGCACCUUCAGCAUAAGAAAGCAGAAGAUGAAAAGACAAAGGCUUUGGAGGAGCUGAAUGCUGCCUUGGAGCUGCAGUCGGUGCAGAAGAGCCAGCUGAUGGUGUCCCUGCAGCACCAGCAGGUGGUGACCGACAAUCUCCGCAAGGAGCUGCAGAUCGAGCACUCCCGCUGCGAAGCCUUGCUGGCCCAGGAACAGACCAAACUCUCAGAGCUCCAGAAAGACCUGGAUGCUGAGAAACAUCGUUCACUGGAGCUCCUGAAUUCAUUGAACCACGAGCGUGUUUUGACGGAGCAGUUGAGCAUGAGAGUGAAAGAAGGUGCUUCUUGUCAGCACAGGGAGUCGCUGCUGGAACAGGCCUUUGUUCGAGAGCUCCAAGCCCAGCUGGAAGAGGAGAGGUCCCGAAGUAUGGAGCUAGCUGCUGUUAUUGAGAAAAUGCACCAGAAGGCCCUUCAUUCCAGAAGGCAGCUGGAGACUGAAGUGCAGAUGUGCUGCCAAGAGACCCAGAGGGAGAGGGAGGUCAGUGACAAACUGCGAGCGGCACUGGAGGCCCUUCAGGGUCAAAAGCAAGAGCAAAACUUGGAGCGGCAACACCAGAGAGAUGAAGAAAGAAUUAAAGAGCUGCAGGAAAUCCUGGCAGUGUUGGAAGAAAGAGAAAGAAACCUCCCACUUCCAAACCAUCAGCAAGAAGUGUUGUGUCCCUUGAACAAAGAUCGAACUGCCAAACAGCCCACAACAAAAGAAACUGAAAAACCACAUUUGCAACAGCAGCAAGAGCAGCUAGAGAAGAUAAGGCAGCAGUUGGUUUUUGUAGCUGUGCACCUGAAUGAGUUCGUAUAUAAAACUGUAGAUAAAACAGUUAACGAUUGGUCUGCAUCAAAUGAUGAAGCUGUAGCCUCUUUACUGCAGACAUUAAAGGAACUAAAAUCAGAGUUAUUGUCUCCUCCUGCAUCUCAGCUGAAACCUGCAGAUGCUACUGGCUCUGUUCAAGAACUGGAAAGAGACACUUGGCAGCGUGAGAGAAGUGUUUUGCAGAAUGCCCUGAAACAGGCUGAAUCUGAACUGGCUAAAGUGACUGCUGAAAUUGAAAACAAACCACUGGCAGAAGCUUCCAGUCCUAAGUUGCAGAGAUUGUAUAAGAAGUACCUCAGAGCAGAGAGCUUUAGAAAGGCUCUAGUUUACCAGAAGAAAUACCUCUUGCUGCUGCUUGGUGGAUUCCAGGACUGUGAGCAAGCAACCCUGUCUCUAAUAGCACGGAUGGGCAUCUACCCCUCCCCUGCAGACCUGCAGGUUUCUGGGUCCCGCUCCCGGCCCUUCACCAGGUUCCGAUGCGCAGUCAGGGCCGUCAUCGCCGUCUCGCGGUUGAAGUUUUUGGUGAGAAAGUGGAACAAAGUUAGCAGGAAGAGCAUACAAGGUGAAACCAUUUGUCACAGUAUAGGAGGUAAUACAGCCUGUGGUGCCAGAAUAGACAUUCUGAAGGAGCAGCAGCCUGCAGCUGCUCAGCUCAGCUCUCCCCCAACCCGGGACACUGGGCUGUGCCACAGAACCAGCUCUGCAAGGUCUGGGAGCCGCUCCCCCAGAUCCUCUCACUGCUUGCCCAACAGAUUGCAUGCAUCCCCAGGCUCAGCUUCAGAAAAGUCACUUGUGCCUACUCAGGAUCCUGAGCGCUCGCUGACAGAAUACAUCCAUCGCCUGGAGGUGAUCCAGCAGAGACUGGGGGGUCUGCAGCCAGAGAGCAGUCAGAAAAAGAGCUGCCUCUGA